UCUCUAUUGUAUUAUUAAACACAGAAAGCAAACAACCAAAAAGAUAAAAAAAAAUCUUGUAGCUGAGGAGAGAAAGAUAAGGAAAGAAAAAAAAAAUGGCAUCAGCAUCUCUCCUCAAGACAUCACCAGCCAUUGGCAAAACUGAGUUCAUAAAAGGUCAGGCCCUUCGCCAGCCAUCAGUCUCCGUCCGGUGCCACCCUGCACCUCCCUCCGGACUCACUGUCCGCGCCAGCUCUUACGCUGACGAGCUCAUCAAAACCGCGAAAACCGUGGCAUCUCCUGGCCGUGGAAUUUUGGCCAUGGAUGAGUCAAAUGCUACAUGUGGGAAGCGUUUAGCUUCAAUCGGACUGGAGAAUACUGAAGCUAAUCGCCAGGCAUACAGGACCCUUCUUGUUUCAGCUCCAGGACUUGGUAAGUACAUCUCAGGUGCCAUCUUAUUUGAGGAGACACUUUACCAGUCCACCGUUGAUGGAAAGAAAAUCGUUGAUGUACUUCAUGAGCAGAACAUUGUUCCUGGCAUUAAGGUUGACAAGGGUCUAGUUCCCUUGGCUGGCUCAAACGAUGAAUCCUGGUGCCAAGGUCUUGACGGCCUUGCCUCGCGCUCUGCUGCUUACUACCAACAAGGCGCUCGUUUUGCUAAAUGGCGUACUGUGGUGAGCAUUCCCAAUGGUCCUUCUGCACUUGCAGUAAAGGAAGCAGCCUGGGGUCUCGCUCGCUAUGCUGCAAUUUCUCAGGUAAGUUGGCAUACAGGAAAUGGAGACCACAAUAAGGGUGUUUUUGGUAUGAAGCCAUGUUUGGUUGUCUUAAAUGUUUUGGAAAACAUUUUGGAGGAAAAUGUUAGAAGGGAAAACAUUUUCCAAAACUAUUUUUCAACCUUCUCCGCCCUAUUUCCC